UCUCUCUGGCAUUUUUUGAGAUUUUAAUGAAAAAUCAUCGCCAAUGUACAGAAUCAUAGUGAAAUCUAGAUAUAAGAAAAGGAAUGUCGACUCUAUAGUUGGCUAGUUUCCUGUGGGCUUAGAGAUGUCAUGUCACGGCAUAUCUGCUAAAACAUUUCUGCCAUCGGUUAAAUGGAAUCGUUCAUUUUUGUUCAAUGUAUUGAAAGAUGAAAGAUGUACCUGGACAUAAUAGAUGAGAGACAAAGAUAUGACAUACCUAGGCACAUGAGAUGGCUUCAGAAUGAUCUUUAAGGUUUAAUUAACCACUUCAUGCUUGAAUCAUGAGAUAGGGGUUCUUACUUCUAACUUUCUGUUAAAUACUUGCCGUGGGAGUUUACCUUGAAGUGAAAGAUGAUGAAUUUUGGAACUUUAUCUCCUCCUUUAAAAGAUGCUGAUUCAAUUUUUUAUCUUUCCGUCAUACGCCUUAAAUAUCAACAUGAUGAUCAUCUUUGUUUUAUCACUUGAUAUGAAAUUAUGCUGGAGAUGGAACUAAACUUGUCGACAAACAGAAAGCUUUUGUUGCUUAAUAGUUAACCAGUCUCUGCAGCGCACAAUGUUAAUUGUACGUUGUCCACCUGAUUUAUAGCCAUCAUCACCAGCAAGCAUUAGGACAAUAAUCCAUUUCUUUUCCAUAGAAUUAAUAAAUGAGCUUUUGUCUGCUGGAAGCCUGGAAGAGACCAGUUAGUACUAGUAUACUUGUCAAGGGUAUAUAUGAACUCUGGGGAGAAGGAGACAGCUACAAAGAACUAGAAGAUGCUAUAAACAAUUACCCUGAUGAGCGUAAGCUACCAUAUCUGACUUCUGAAAGCACAUUCAGAAUCACGGUUGACAGUUUUGGGAAGGUCAUUAGCUUUCAGGAGCAAAAUGAACGCAUUCAAAGUCUUGCAUACAUCCCAUUCAAGGGACGAGUCAAUCUAAGGAAUCCAGUUCACAAGUUCUGGCUCAUGGAAACAGAUGAUUAUGGAGCCAACAAUGGUCUCCCUCCAGUGGUUCAGAAGAGGAUAUUUUUUGGCCGUGAAGUUGGUGGUGCUGACCGGAAGCUUUUGCCCACAUAUCAGCUUAAAAGUCGAACCUACCUUGGCCCUACCGCCAUGGAUGCAGAAAUGGCUUUCUUGAUGGCCAAUCAAGCAAUGGUAAAAUCAGAGAAACUUGUUUAUGAUCCUUUUGUUGGUACUGGAAGCAUUCUUAUUGCGGCAGCUCAUUUUGGAGCAAUGACCUUGGGUGCAGACAUUGAUAUUAGGGUAGUGCGUGAUGGGCGUGGACCUGAUUGUAAUGUCUGGAGUAACUUUAAGCAGUAUGGAUUGCCUAUGCCAAUUGGUUUGUUAAGGGCCGAUAAUAACCUGCCUCCAUGGCGUCCUGGGUUAAAAGAAGUAUUUGAUGCCAUAAUCUGUGAUCCUCCUUAUGGAGUUCGUGCUGGAGGACGUAAGUCUGGUGGCCGUAAAUUACUAAAGGGGGUUGUGGGCCCUUACACUGUUCCCGAUGACAAGAGGACAGAUCACAUACCGUCGACUGCAGCUUACAGCUUGGUAGAAUGUGUGCACGAUUUGCUCGACAUCGCCGCUAAAAUGCUCGUACUUAAUGGCAGGCUAGUGUUCUUCUAUCCCGUAUUGAGGGAAGACGAGUCCCCAGAAAACCAUUUCCCGGAGCACCCAUGUUUUGUAUUGGUUUCAGCUUCGGAACAGAUAUUAAGUUCACGAUAUAGCCGGGUUUUACUCACAAUGGUGAAGAGAAGUCCUUACACCAAGGAAAUCGAAGAAGCGGCUAGGCUUAAACAUCUGGAGUUCAAGGAAAACCACCUAAAGUGGUUGGAAGACGGUAAUCUUCAUUCUGCGGUUUUUAGCCCUGGUGAGUCGGUAUUCAUUGCAGAGGGCGACACCAAAGUUAGUAAAGAAACAAAGCCGAAGUAUAGAGGAAAAUAUGUGUAGUUCCCGAAAGCAGAAUUUAAUAGGCUAUUAGACAAGAGAGAGAGAUUCCUUGACAAUGGAGUGAAGUUAUAAACUAAUCAUGCAGUGCCCUCGUCAAUUUAAGCAAUUCAAUUUACUGAUGCAUUUUGUUCCUUCUCAGUAUGAAAGAGACGACACUGCCUUCCACACAGAUCCCAUCUUAGUUUACCUUGUAUUCUUGGCACUCAAUAUUUGUUCAUCAUAUUAAGUUGCGAUACAGAUGAUCAUUAAUCCCAGUCUAACCUAUGCAUGUAUGAUUUCUGAUGA